UAAGCGUGAUACUGGUGGUGUUGUGCUGCGGCACACUGCUGGAAGCAGCCGACCCUGAUCGCCGUCGGUAUACCAACCCCACUUACUACAAUGUGGGGGGAGUACUGUCCAGUAACGAGUCUAUUGCUUUCUUCAAGGAUACUAUAUCGAAUCUGAACUUCAAAGACCAGUAUGUGCCUCGAGGAGUGACUUAUCACGAUUACUCGAUAUUAAUGGACCCAAAUCCAAUCAAAACAGCGUUAAAUGUUUGCAAAGACCUCAUAGGACAUAGAGUAUAUGCGGUGGUGGUAUCUCAUCCUCUAACUGGAGACUUGUCUCCUGCAGCGGUAUCUUACACAAGUGGCUUUUACCACAUUCCAGUAAUCGGCAUAUCCUCAAGAGAUUCUGCGUUCUCCGACAAGAACAUCCACGUGUCCUUUCUGAGGACCGUACCACCGUAUUCACAUCAAGCAGACGUGUGGGUGGACGUGUUGAAACACUUCAACUACAUGAAGGUAAUCGUGAUUCACAGCUCAGAUACUGAUGGCCGAGCGAUUCUUGGAAGAUUCCAAACAACCUCGCAGAAUGUCGACGAUGACGUUGAUCGGAAAGUGGUCGUUGAACAAGUGAUUGAGUUUGAACCAGGUUUGGAUUCCUUCAGCGAUAAAUUGAUCGAGGUUAAGAGUGCACAAGCGAGGGUUUUCCUUAUGUACGCCAGUAAGACUGAUGCUGAAAUUAUCUUCCGUGACGCAACGUUCCUGAACAUGACCACUACUGGUUACGUGUGGAUGGUGACAGAGCAGGCGUUGGAUGCUGCUAAUGCACCUGAAGGACUUUUGGGGCUGAGACUAGUCAAUGCUACUAAUGAACAUGCUCACAUUCAGGACUCAAUAUACGUGCUCGCGUCAGCUAUUCGCGACAUGAACACUACAGAGGAGAUCAAUGCUCCACCAUCAGACUGCGAUAACUCUGGCUCAAUCUGGACCACAGGGCAUCAUCUCUUCGACUACAUAAGGAAACAAAAACUGGAGAAUGGGGCGACGGGAUAUGUUGCGUUCGACGAUCACGGCGACAGAGUCCAUGCUGAAUAUGAUAUGGUCAAUGUGAGGGCUCAAGGAGAACAUGUGGCAGUUGGGAAGUACUAUUACUCCAAGGAAACACAAAAAAUGCGUCUGGAGUUGAAGGAAAAUGAAAUCAUAUGGAUGGGACGAAGUCCAUCCAAACCAGAGGGUUUUAUGAUACCAACACAUCUCAAGGUAUUGACUAUUGAGGAGAAGCCUUUUGUCUACGCUCGACGGAUAAAUGAUUACAGCGACUGCACACAUGAAGAAAUACCAUGUCCACAUUACAAUGCUAGUGAUGAAACAGGUCAAAUGUACUGCUGCAAAGGAUUCUGCAUGGACUUAUUGAAACACCUCUCAAAAGUGAUCAAUUUUACGUAUUCACUGGCUCUAUCGCCUGAUGGCCAAUUCGGCAACUACAUCAUAAAGAAUUUCUCCAUGCCCGGUGCGAAGAAGGAAUGGACGGGACUCAUAGGUGAAUUAGUGUAUGAAAGAGCAGACAUGAUCGUAGCACCAUUGACUAUCAAUCCUGAGAGGGCAGAAUUUAUUGAAUUCAGUAAACCCUUCAAGUACCAAGGUAUUACAAUACUGGAGAAAAAGCCAUCUCGAUCUUCGACCCUCGUAUCUUUCUUGCAACCAUUCUCAAACACCCUAUGGAUUCUUGUCAUGGUAUCCGUGCACGUGGUUGCUCUAGUUUUAUAUCUGUUGGAUAGAUUUUCUCCAUUCGGAAGGUUCAAGCUAGCUAAUAUUGACGGCACUGAAGAAGAUGCUUUGAAUUUGUCAAGUGCCAUUUGGUUUGCGUGGGGAGUGCUCUUGAACAGCGGUAUUGGGGAAGGUACACCCCGCAGUUUUUCGGCAAGAGUCCUCGGCAUGGUCUGGGCAGGUUUCGCUAUGAUCAUCGUUGCUUCCUACACUGCCAACUUGGCCGCUUUCCUCGUGCUCGAAAGGCCGAAAACCAAACUUACCGGGAUCAAUGAUGCUAGAUUGCGUAAUACGAUGGAAAAUCUAACAUGUGCAACGGUGAAAGGAUCUGCCGUAGAUAUGUAUUUUAGACGGCAGGUGGAAUUGUCCAACAUGUAUAGAACAAUGGAAGCAAACAACUACGAUAACGCGGAACAAGCUAUUCAAGAUGUGAAGAAUGGGAAACUUAUGGCGUUUAUUUGGGAUUCCUCCCGCCUGGAAUUUGAGGCAGCCCAAGAUUGUGAGCUUGUGACGGCCGGAGAACUUUUCGGCAGAUCGGGAUAUGGCGUGGGAUUGCAAAAAGGAUCACCAUGGGCCGAUCUCGUUACAUUAGCUAUAUUGGAUUUUCAUGAAAGUGGGAUAAUGGAAUCUCUAGACAACCAAUGGAUCUUACGAAACAAUAUGCUGAAUUGCGAGGAGAAUGAGAAAACACCGAACACUUUAGGGCUCAAAAACAUGGCUGGAGUAUUCAUUCUGGUGUUAGCUGGCAUUAUUGGAGGAAUAGUGCUGAUAGUUAUCGAGGUCGUGUACAAACGACACCAGAUACGAAAACAGAAGAGGAUGGAGAUAGCCCGACACGCCGCAGACCGCUGGAGGGGAGCCGUAGAGAAACGCAAGUCGCUCCGAGCUGCGAUUCUGCCUGCCCAACGGCGGAUCAAGUCGAACGGAGUGAAGGAAGCUGGCAGCAUCAGUUUGGCAGUGGACCGUGGAGCCCGGAGGAGGGACGAGCCGCGUGUGCCGAGAUAUUUACCAGCCUACACUCCUGACGUGUCUCACCUUGUCGUUUAAGUUAAAAAACAAGAACAACUAAGUGGUAAGAAGUACAGCUACUGAUGUAGUCAGAAUUAAACGACAUGGUCAAGAUUUUGCAUCUUAGUCGUCAAUUAAACCUAACAAGAACAUCUUGAGAACAUAAAUUGGUAAUUAGCCAGAAACAGUAGAAAAUGGUAAGGAACAAAGAGUACGACCACGUCAGUAUGCGAAUAAAGUCAGAAAUAAGUAGAAUCAAUGUUGUUUAUACAUGCUGAUUUUUUAAAAAUAAUUCACUGCAUUUUUAUCUAGCUGUGACGAACAACUCUUGGUCAAAGGUUUCAAGUUCCACCAAGCCACCGUUGAUAGUCUAUAUUAGUUUCAUAAUGAAAAAGUUGGCCUACAAAAAUUUGUUAGGUAAAAUUACUACUAUUUAAAAAGUCUAAAAAGUAAUGUCAUGGAAUAUGUAUGUCUAGAAGGUAGGUUAUAACUUUAAACUAAUGGUAUAUGAGAAAAAUAAGAUAGACUCGAAGUCAUUCUAAACUUCUAAAGGCUCGAAAAUUUUUGAUUGCGAGAGCAAAACGAGAUUGGCAUGAUUUUAAACUUAU